AUGGCCCGUGUGUCGUCUCUGGCUCUAGCUGCGGCCGGCAUCUCGGCCGUCGCGGCCCAGUCCGACAACGUCGUCUCCAUCCUCAUGCCCUACGCCGACUCGAACGGCAUGCACGCCUCCAUCAUCACCGCUGCCCCGACCGCCACCUCCUACUGGGUCUCCUGCCCGUCCGGCGUCCCCUCCAGUGACUGUGGCAUCGUAGACGGCAUGAGCGUCGUCUAUGGCCCAUCGACCUGGGAGUGGACCACCACCGCCGGUGACUGGUACACCUCCGUAGCUCACUGCCAACUCAACCCCUCCGCUGACACCGGCGUCUGCACCGAGACCCAAAUUUUCUACUCGUUCGAGGCCGUCCAAACUCGCACCAUCACCAACUUUGCUACUGGCCUCUCCCCUGUGACAAUCACUGCCGGCCCGACCGCCUCUGCUACCUCCUCUGUCUCCCCAAGUACAACCGCCACCGACACGGCCGAACCAACCGCCACCGAACCAACCGCCACCGGCACGGCCGAACCAACCGCCACCGGCCGUCCCGGCGACGACAUCGACGACGAGGAACCUGUCACUAAGAGCUCGACCUCUGCCUCCUUCACCGGCAAGAGCUCCGCUACUGCCGCCCCCGGCGGCCCCGGCGCUACUGUCACUGCCACGACGCACACCACCCUCACGACGUGCCCUACCCCUGUUGGUACCGGCGGUGUGCCCAUCGGCACGGGCAACCUUCCUCACUUCCCGCCCAGCCCGACGGGUCCUUCCGGGCCGGGGGUUACCAACGGGGUGCCGGUUAUUGCUGGGGCGGGCCGUACUGCCGGGAAGGUUGGCCUUGCAGCUGUGGCUGGUGUUCUUGGUGCGGUAUUCCUUCUUUAA